CGCUGCUUCCUGCUCUGGUGCCGCGCGGCGCCGCCGGCCCGGGGCGGAGCUCGGGCGCCGAGUGCGCGCCGCCGCCGAGCAGUAGCACCGCGCGGGAGGAGGAGCCGCCGCCGCGCCCUUCCCCUUCCUCCGCUCCUCCCCCGGCCCCCACCGCGCCCGCGGCCGGCCCAGGCAGCACUCGCGAGCAGCGGCGGCCCCGCCGGCGGCCGAGUUGGGAGAAUGCGGCGGCGCUCGCGGAUGCUGCUCUGCUUCGCCUUCCUGUGGGUGCUGGGCAUCGCCUACUACAUGUACUCGGGGGGCGGCUCUGCGCUGGCCGGGGGCGCGGGCGGCGGCGCCGGCAGGAAGGAGGACUGGAAUGAAAUUGACCCCAUUAAAAAGAAAGACCUUCAUCACAGCAAUGGAGAAGAGAAAGCACAAAGCAUGGAGACCCUCCCUCCAGGGAAAGUACGGUGGCCAGACUUUAACCAGGAAGCUUAUGUUGGAGGGACGAUGGUCCGCUCCGGGCAGGACCCUUACGCCCGCAACAAGUUCAACCAGGUGGAGAGUGAUAAGCUUCGAAUGGACAGAGCCAUCCCUGACACCCGGCAUGACCAGUGUCAGCGGAAGCAGUGGCGGGUGGAUCUGCCGGCCACCAGCGUGGUGAUCACGUUUCACAAUGAAGCCAGGUCGGCCCUACUCAGGACCGUGGUCAGUGUGCUUAAGAAAAGCCCGCCCCAUCUCAUAAAAGAAAUCAUCUUGGUGGAUGACUACAGCAAUGAUCCUGAGGACGGGGCUCUCUUGGGGAAAAUUGAGAAAGUGCGAGUCCUUAGAAAUGAUCGACGAGAAGGCCUCAUGCGCUCACGGGUUCGGGGGGCCGAUGCUGCCCAAGCCAAGGUCCUGACCUUCCUGGACAGUCACUGCGAGUGUAAUGAGCACUGGCUGGAGCCCCUCCUGGAAAGGGUGGCAGAGGACAGGACUCGGGUUGUGUCACCCAUCAUCGAUGUCAUUAAUAUGGACAACUUUCAGUAUGUGGGGGCAUCUGCUGACUUGAAGGGCGGUUUUGAUUGGAACUUGGUAUUCAAGUGGGAUUACAUGACGCCUGAGCAGAGAAGGUCCCGGCAGGGGAACCCAGUCGCCCCUAUAAAAACCCCUAUGAUUGCUGGUGGGCUGUUUGUGAUGGAUAAGUUCUAUUUUGAAGAACUGGGGAAGUACGACAUGAUGAUGGAUGUAUGGGGAGGAGAGAACCUAGAGAUCUCGUUCCGCGUGUGGCAGUGUGGUGGCAGCCUGGAGAUCAUCCCGUGCAGCCGUGUGGGACACGUGUUCCGGAAGCAGCACCCCUACACGUUCCCGGGUGGCAGUGGCACUGUCUUUGCCCGAAACACCCGCCGAGCAGCAGAGGUCUGGAUGGAUGAAUACAAAAAUUUCUAUUAUGCAGCAGUGCCUUCCGCUAGAAACGUUCCUUAUGGAAAUAUUCAGAGCAGAUUGGAGCUUAGGAAGAAACUCAGCUGCAAGCCUUUCAAAUGGUACCUUGAAAAUGUCUAUCCAGAGUUAAGGGUUCCAGACCAUCAGGAUAUAGCUUUUGGGGCCUUGCAGCAGGGAACUAACUGCCUCGACACUUUGGGACACUUUGCUGAUGGUGUGGUUGGAGUUUAUGAAUGUCACAAUGCUGGGGGAAACCAGGAAUGGGCCUUGACGAAGGAGAAGUCGGUGAAGCACAUGGAUUUGUGCCUUACUGUGGUGGACCGGGCACCGGGCUCUCUUAUAAAGCUGCAGGGCUGCCGAGAAAAUGACAGCAGACAGAAAUGGGAACAGAUCGAGGGCAACUCCAAGCUGAGGCAUGUGGGCAGCAACCUGUGCCUGGACAGUCGCACGGCCAAGAGCGGGGGCCUGAGCGUGGAGGUGUGUGGCCCGGCCCUUUCGCAGCAGUGGAAGUUCACGCUCAACCUGCAGCAGUAGGAGGGUCCGGGAGGCCCUGCCGUCCUGUCUCCUGCACCAUUGGGUGGAGUCUGGUGAUCACAUUAUUGAUUAUGUUUCUUAAACUUUCCGCGAAACUAAUAUACCUCAGUAUUCCAUCAUGGUCUGAAAGUCAAACUUCGGCAAGGCACGGGCGACUGUGCAGACACAGCAGCGGCAAGAAGCGAGAACUGCCCUCCCCCUCCUCUCGGUGCAGCCCAGCCGGGCCCCCUUCCCCAGGCCGGAGCGCCCCUCUUCCUUCCAGCUUUCACUUCUGCCGGCUCCGCAACUGAGUGACACCCAGCGACAACCGACCCGGGAGUGGUAGAAGCAACUGAACAGAUGCGUGCGAGCUGAGGACAGGGCGGGAGGAGGGGGCACACAUGCCCCAGGGGAGCGAGGAGAACUCUUGAAAUCUCCAUUUUCAAUCCCUUCGAAAUCACGUAUGGUUUCCACAAAGCCGAGUCGUGUCACGUGGCAGGUUUACGUCGAUAGUCCCUCUCUCCGCUCCUCCAUUCGCAAGUGUCUUCCUGGGCCAGACUCCCCUCCACCUGAUGUACUUGCUAUAUUGAGGAUGAAGUUUUCUAUGGUGGGACACUAAAUAUAAAGCUAUAUAGAGAAAGAAUGUACGGUCAGUUCCCUAUGGUUUCUGUAGAUCAUCGUCAUCUUGUAAAUUCCCCACAAAGCCGUUCGCAGCUUCCGGGAGAAGGGGCCAGAGCCCGGUGGGGCCAGUUUCUCACAGAGGGAGGAGGUGGCCUUUGUCCCCUGGAGCCCGAUCAGCCAGUUGGUGCUACCGCUGUGGCCAGCUGGGGGGCUUCCUCCAGACCACCGGCCUCGGCCCUGGCAUCCCUGUUGGGCGUCAGUCAGCCUGAGAGUCACUGCUGUGCGUCAGAAUCCGCUUUGCGUGCUGUGCGUCUCUGUGAACCUGGAGCAGUUACUUAUUUUGACAGAUAUCACUUUGGGUCUUUUUACAUUACAUUUCUUUUCUCUAAGGAAUAUAAGACAUACCCCAUAGCUCUCAGUGUGAGCCAGCGAUACCGCUGCCCCCUGGCGACAGGGCAGACCAAUGAUGCCAGGCAGCUGUCACACGCUAGCAUUGGCUUCAUUUUGAUCUGAGCCCUGCACGCUGAGCCUUCAGAAUUAAUGGCCAGCAGUGUCAGGGAUGAGCCCGUCAGCCAGGGCACAGGCCUGGCUCACAGUCCUGCACACCUGCUGGCCUGGGGAGCUCCAGCCAGGCAGCGAGUCCUGCCCCGCCCGCAGCUCCCUCCCACACCCCACCUGGCCAAGGUGACUGCUUCAGGGGGCUUUGGGGAAAGAAUUAGGAAGGGUCAGAACCAAACAAUACCUGCUCAUUUACACUGAGGAUUCAGGGCGGGAGACAGGAGCCUUGGGGUCCUGUUAAGCCACAGACAGUUAUGAACUGAAAGUCAUAACGGGGAGAGGUGCCUGGCUUCUGCCUGGGUGCUCAGGAAUGUUCCUCGUCACCCCUGCCACUCUGUGGUUGGUUCCCUGCUUCCUCCUCCACUCCUGGCCGCCUUCUCCAGCACCGCACACACAGAUGCUCAGUCUCAGAGAGGCUGGCACGGCCUGGCAGUCUGAGAAAAGCGUCAGUUAGGCACACCUGCAGGCCCCUCGGAGGGACAGCGGUGGCCUUGGAGUUAGGAGCCACCCUGGGAGGUUGUGCCGGUGCCAUGCUCCUCCCUGUGUCUUGUAUGAAAGGGGCCACUGUGUGUCUUCCUCCCCGGCAGGAGCCCCACGGGUGUGCAUUGUAGGACAGCGGCCCUGAGGUGGAAGCCUGGCUGGAGGGCUGCCCUAUAGGUCUUCUCUUCCCGCCUCCCCUGCCAUGCAACCAGAUGUGUUCUGAGUGGGCAGCAUGCCCCCACGCUGGAGUAACUCCGCACGCUUCUGUCUUUCACGGUGGGCACUUGGGGGAGCCUGAGGAAAACCCCCUUAGGUACCUGUGCGAAGCUGUGGAAUGCAGGCCAGAGCAGGGUGUGCUUAGCCCCCAGCACCCAGGUUCUUUGGUCAGACCCUGUCACCUGCGAGCUGCUACUACUGUAAGGAGGGAAAAAAAAUGGACGAAUCUGGCUUGUUUUAAAAUCACGUUUCUUGAUGAAUCCUUUGCCCCCACACCUUUACCCCGCCCGCGCCCCUAGGCCCUCUCAGCCUUCCUAUCAUCGGAUGUGUCUACCCAGACCCUUGUGCGGCCCGUGCCCUGGGGGCAGCGUCCUGUCCCUGAGCUGGGAGGCGGCUUUGGAUGGUCCGGGCGUCAAGAGCAGGGGUGGGCCGGGGAGGGGUGCUUUGCGGUGAGCUAUGUUUACAUGACACAGUGUGCCAAAGUGACUUACUGUGGUUGCGUCAGGACUCUCUCACCCUCCCACUCCUGUUUUUAAAACUCAGAAUUCUUUCCUAAGAGCCCUUCGAGCAAAGCGUGCCGAAGUUAGUUGUCUUCUCUGUGGUGGUCCUUUCUUACGUCUUCAUAAAAGCUCAGAUGAUGGUAUCUGUGAGUAUGUUUUGCAAAUUCAAAAUAUAGUUUGGUAAUUUUUUUUUCCAGUUGAUUUUUAAAAAGAACUGCUGUACAGAGCUUGUACUUUGUCCAUUUUAUAGAUGGAAACCAUCCUUGAAAAUUGUUUAACUUAAAUAAAGAGAAGAUACUUUCUAGA